AUGAUUCACGAAGCAACAUACGCUCUGGCCGGGCUCAUUUUUGCCCUCUACGCUGUCGAUUUUGCUCUCAGUUGCCUUGACGAUUCGCGUGAGCCUCCGAGACUGCGACCGAAAAUCCCCCUGAUUGGCCACUUAUUAGGAUUGAUCACCAAUGGAACAACCUACUACAGCGUGACAAGCAAAAGUACCGACGCUGAGUUGUACACGUUGGGAAUCUUCAACUACAAGAUAUACGUCAGUAAUUCUAACCGUCUGAUGCCUCUGAUUCAGAAGGCAUCCAAAAGCCUGUCGUUCAAACCAUUCAUGCAGACAGCGACCAAGACGCAUUCCGGUGCUUCCGAUGAGACCUAUCAUAUCUUCGGCAACAGCGACAUGUUGGAUUCAUAUUCGCAUGCGAUGAAGACUAGCUUAGCGCCGGGCCCUCACCUGGACGAACAGAACUUGAGGAUGGGAAAGCGGGUUAUGGCUGAUAUCGACGCUCUGCUUAAUCACAGUCAAAGUGAAACCCAGCGAGUCAAAUUGCUUGAGUGGGCGCGCCACGCGAUUGUGCAGGCUUCUAGCUGUGGCGUAUACGGCGAACAUCACCCCUUUGUCCGAUCAGAGGUGGAGAGGGCGUAUUGGACAUGGCAGGACUACAUAGGUCUACACCUGGUAGGCCUGGACGUUACUGGCACAGGUUACGCUGCAAGAGAAAAGGUGGUAGAUGCAUACCGCCAGUACAUGAAGAGGCUACCGGGAGACGCAGCCUUGCUAGUAAAAGAGCGUGUCCGAGUGCUGCGUGAAGCAGGUGUACCAGAACAGGAUAUUGCUCCGAUGGAGUCCAGUUUCGGCGUUGCGGUCUUCUCAAACACCAGUCCCACCCUGUUUUGGGCAAUCUGGGAGCUCUUUUCGCGGCCCGACGUUCUGCAUGAAGUUAGGGAGGAGGUCAGACUACAAGCUGUUACUGGAUCGGCCAAGGAAGGCUUCGAGCUUGACGUCGCAGCGCUCAAGCUCCGGUGUCCACUCCUUUUAUCCGUGUUCCAAGAGACGCAACGCAUGCGUCAUGUUCACGCAAACAUUCGUAAGGUGCUCUACGACACUGUUAUCGACGGAAAAUUUCUUCUCAAGGCUGGAAACUUUCUGCAUUUGCCGGCUGCGCCUAUUCACAGCAGCGAGAAUAUAUGGGGUGCCUCCGCUUCUGUUUUCGACCCUUACCGUUUUGCCGAUACGAAGAACACAGCCUCUGUCACCGGAAGCGCGUUUCUCCCUUGGGGGGCCCCACCACAUUUGUGUCCUGCAAGACAAUUUGCUUCAACGGAGAUCCUGAUCAUCAUUGCGUUGCUGGCCAUGCGCGCAGAUUUGCAACCUAUAGGCGGCAUUUGGAAGAGUCCGCCUCUAAAGACUGCUGAUAUGGUCACUGUCUUAAAUCCUACAAGGGAUGUGGAGAUGGACGUUAACGUAAGAAAGCAGUGGGAAGGGGAGUGGCGCUUGAGGAUGAGUGAGAGUACAAGUCGCAUUUCCCUUGCGUCUGGUUAA